UUCUUCUGAUUGUUUUUAGCGCGUCAUGUAAGCUAUGAAAUAUUUUGGUGUAACAUGACUAACAUGAGUCUGACUGAAAUAUAGGCAUUGUUGUGAAAUGGAAGGCGACCACCAGAAUACUGACAAGAUAGUUGCUGAUUUCUCUCUGAAGGAGGGCGACUAUUGUAUCUUUGGAAACCGACUAGAUUUGAGGAUCCGGUCGGCUAAUGGUGGUCAAUACAUUGGAUCUGGUCACCCAAUCAACGCGCCUCAUCAGGGGGGUCAUGCAGGAGGCUAUACAUCCUCGGGAAAUGCUGGGGGACUUCCAGCGGGCGGUGUAAACUCAUCGGCUUCCUCUUCCUCCUCCUCUCUUGAACCCCUAAGACUGUCAUCUCAGAGCUACUACUUGGACGGAGACUUAUGCGAAAUGCUGGGCAUCAACUACAGCAUGGCGACGUAUUGGUACGCGUACAGGGGCGCGAACAGGAGUGUUGAACUGGACAUGCACAAGAUAGACAGACGCUUCUACCGGGGAUGUCCGCCCACCGCACAUGACCUGUGCGAUGUGUACCAAGUGGAGGACAAACCCAAUGGUGCCUCAGAAGUCUACCAUCUCAAUCUCGUAGGCUUCACACAUGGCCAAGUUCAAUUGACAGACUAUAGAGGAGGUCAGAAUAAUGGGAGGACAUUCAACGAGGAAAAGGCAUAUGAACAGAGCAAGGUCACUUGUGUCAAGUGGCUCCCAAACUCAGAGAAUGAGUUUGUGGUUGGACACUUGAGUGGUAACCUUUACCACUACUCGGCAGCUGAACCCAACCACAGCGGAGUGCCAGUCUUUGUGCCAGUGGCGCAGAAGGACACGUAUAUAGUGUACCAGUCAAGGGCAGCCGCAUCUACAACAUCCCAGAGUCAGGGCAAAGGCAGUCAAUCGCAGCUGCAGCAAAAUGGAGUGCCCUCAAGUGCAGUUCCUCGAAACCCACUGCACAAAUGGAUAGUGGGCCACGGGGCAGUCAACGAGGUCCAGUUCGCUCCUCACACCGCCAACAGACUCAACAGAACAGCCACUGCCACAACACUGAUGUUGGCGCUGGCAACUGCAGAUGGCUUCGUGCGCAUCUUUGACUUCCACGGGAGGGAGUUGAUUGGACAAAUGAAGAGCUACUUUGGGGCCAUGUUGUGUGUGGCCUGGAGUGGAGACGGCAUCUUGCUGGCGGCUGGGGCUGAAGACGAUUUAGUGCAUGUCUACUCCAUGCAAGAGAACAGGGUCAUCCUCAGAUGUCAAGGUCACAGGUCAUGGGUAUCAGCGGUGUCUUUUGACAGCCACUUUGUGCAGUCGAGAGCUCACGAGUCCAUGCUUCUCUCCCGGACCCUGUCUCAGUCGCACAGUGUACGGAGGCACAGCAGGAGUUACAGGCUGGGAUCCGUGUCUCAUGACACCCACUUAGCACUGUGGGAUAUAGAUGAAAGUCUUCUCUUGGCAGCAUCGAAAGAGAGAAAGUCACGAACCAGGUCGACUGGAACAUCAGUCUCGCGAUACAGCGAAAACAUGCCAUCUCCCAAAACGAGUGAAUCGCAACACCACCUGGGCAUGAGUAUGGUUAGCAGUAGCAAUAGCAAGUCAAUCCACUCUCAACAUUCAGAAUCGACUUCAAUGUCAACCAAUUUCUCAUGCACUCCAUCAGGUCCUUCUCAGAACUUGGCUCCUAAUACACACGCCACUGCAGCAGUUACCAGGUCCAACAGUCUGCCGGGCUCGAAGGUCAACAAAGUGAACAAUGCUGAUCCGAAGCAAGGUCAGGGGUCACCUUCGAAAGGCAAAGGAGAAGGUGCUGUGGUUGAUGUGAGUCACGUGGUACCAUUGUUGAAAGAGAAAGAGAAAAAGGACAAGACUACACCCCUAUCCAUGUUCAGGUCAUCAUCCUCUUCGUCUUCUUCAAACGCGUCUGGAGGAGGCAGUGGAUCUACUAAAUCGCAGAGCGGUAGUGGCAAGGGUGGCCUGCACCACAUCAACAGACAGAAAGUGAAGGUGGAGGAGGAGGCACAGCUGCUGUUUGCCACAGGCGCAUGUCCUCGCAACGGAACCAUACCCUCUCUAGAACCAUCCGUCUAUGCCAAGGCCUCCUUCGAAAGACUCACGGCUAUAGUAUUCAUGGCCAACUGUUUUGUGGUGGGUGGAAAAGAGGGAUUUGUCACAGUAUACGCCAGACCAGCAGUGUUUCACAGUCCAGUACAAUCCCCUAGGCACUCAGAAUCAGGUGACUAUCUUUCAUCAGUGCCGGAAUCAAACUCACAAUACCAACUAGCUCCUCCGCCUCCUCAGCAGAAGGCCCCAAGGUCAUACCAACAGCACCACCACCAACAACAACUCCAGCAAGCGCAGCAUCAUCACAAAUAUCAGCAGUCACAAGUAAAUGCCCGAGCUGCGCCCUUCUCCCCGGGACCGGGUGGCGACCCGGGAGUGGGACAACAGCAGCGUGCGGCGAUGAGUGCAGCGACUGCAGCCAGUCGCAUUCCGAGCAGCAACAGUGGUCACCAACUGUCUUCUAUUGGAGGUGCUGCCCACGUCAAGCAGCACAGUCGAGGCGAAUGAUUUGAUUUAUGAAUCUUCAAGUAUUUAUUAAUAUGGGAAACAAAAUAGAAAGUGGUAAUUUACAUACCUACAUGCAUCCCCUAUCACUGAUUACACUUGCGAUCAGCUUUAAAAAUGUUCCGACCACGUAUCCUAGCACUUCAGGUUCCAAUUUUCUUAACGUUUUUUUUUUGGU